CCCCAAAUGGGGACACUGGGACCUGAAACUGGGACAUUGAGACCUGACAAGGGGACGAGACCUGGAGUGAGGACGGCAGGACAGGAGGAGGGGACACUGAGACUAAAAUUGGGGACAGCAGGACCUGAAAUGGGCGCAAUGGGGCGCGAAGGGGGGACAAAACUUGGAGUGAAGGCGCAAAGACUUGAAGGAGAGGCACUGGGACCCAAAGUGGGGACAGCAGGACACGAAGAGGAGACGCAGGGACCUGUGAUGGGGAGGCUGGGACUUGAAGAGGGGACGUGGGGACGGGAGGAGGGGACAGGAGCUGGGGUGAGGGCAGGGAGGUUGAAAUGGGGGACGCUGGAAUCUAAACUGGGGAAGCCAGAGCGUGAAGAGGGACCUGGAAUGGGGACGCUGGAAUGUGAAGAGGGGACGCUAAGGAGGGACCUGGGGACACCGGGAGGUGAAGAGGGGACACCGGGACCCGAAAUGGGAUCACGGAGACCCGGAAGGGGGACAGCGAGACGUGAAGAGUUGGGAUGGGAACAGGGGGUGCUGGAAGUGGGGACAGCGGGACGCAAAAGGGUGGCAGCGAGGCGGAAGAGGGGGACAUCAGGGCACGAAGAGGGGACAAAAGGACCCGGAACGGGGACAGCGGGACGCGAAAAGGGGACGCCAGGACGCGAUGAAAAGGCAGCAGGGCCUGAAGAGGAGGCGGCGGCACCCACAGCGGCGUCUCGGGGUCGGAAAAGGGGAACACAGUGUGAAAGGAGGCCGUCGAGAUGCGGAGAGGAGGCGGUGGGGCCGGAAGAAGAGAUGCCAGGAGAUGAGAAAGGGACAGCGGGACCCAAAGGUGAUGCAGGACGGCGGCGCGGCCGCGUGCCGAAGGAUGGAGCUGCAGCCAAGCCCAGAGCUGCCCGCAGGAAGAGGCCGGGCCCAGGGGAUGGCGAAGAAGAACCCGCAGCUGCACCAAAGCUGAGGAGAAGGGCGCCGCCUCCAUCCGAAAACCUUCUGGGUGACUUUGAGGAGGAGAAGCCCGGGGCGGUCGGCAAAGCGCUGCCUGCCAGGGCUCCUCGGCGACCCCAGGGCAACUUUGUGAGGCUCAACCUGAAGAGCAGAUCCCACGUGCGGGGCGCCGCGCUGCGGGGAAGGCAGCUCCGCAAGCAGGUGUGGAAGGAGAAGUGGCAGAAGAAGGCGGCGUGGUUCGGAGGCGGCGGAGCCGUGGAUCGCAGCUCGGAUGUUUGCUUCAAGUGCGGCGCGGCCGGGCACUGGGCAGCGCAGUGCAGGGGGCCAGGCACGGCUGCCCACGCAGCUCCUCCAGCAGAACCCAUCUGUCCCAGCGCUGAAGAAGAAGAUGAGGAUGAGGAUCCCCUGCCUACGCUGGAAGAAGUGGCCCGCCGGACCAACACCAUUUACCAGCAGCUCCCUGCAUCCAGCAGUGACCAGGACGGAGCCGAGCUCACGGAGCCAACUCCAUACCUGGACGUGCAGCGCCCGCCCUACGAGCCCCCCACACCUCCGGCCCCUGUGGAGCCCCUCUACAGCUUGGGGCCGGAUGGGAAGCCACGAGAGACCCCCAGGGAGGUGCUGGACGCGCUCUCCGAGUUGGGCUACAGCUCCUUUCGGCCCGGCCAGGAGGUGGCCAUCAUGAGGAUCCUCUCAGGGCUCUCCACGUUGGUCGUGCUCCCCACGGGGAUGGGGAAAUCGCUGUGCUAUCAGCUGCCUGCCUUCCUGUACCACAAACGCUCGCGGAGCAUCGCGCUGGUGGUUUCCCCGUUGGUGUCGCUGAUGGAUGACCAGGUCUCCGGCCUCCCCCCGUGCCUCCGCGCCGUCUGCGUUCACUCGCACCUGAGCCGCGCGCAGCGGGACGCGGCCCUGCGCCGCGUGCAGGAAGGCUCGGCUCAGGUGCUGCUGCUUUCCCCCGAAGCCCUGGUGGGCGCCGGCUCCUCGGGCUCCUGCUGCCUGCCCCCGGCCCACCAGCUGCCCCCCGUGGCCUUCGCCUGCAUCGACGAGGCGCACUGCGUCUCCGAGUGGUCCCACAACUUCCGUCCCAGCUACCUGCGGCUCUGCAAGGUUCUCCGGGACCGUCUGGGCGUCCGCUGUUUCCUGGCUCUGACGGCCACAGCCACGGUGGCGACGGCGCGGGACGUGGCUGCGCAGCUGGGCAUCCCGCAGCAGGACGGCAUCGCCGUGCGCAGCGCCGCCGUGCCGCACAACCUGCGGCUCUCCGUGUCUGUGGAGCGGGACCGGGACCGGGCUCUCGUUGACCUGCUGCGCAGCGAGCGCUACGCCGCGCUCCAAUCCAUCAUCGUGUACUGCACGCGUCGGGAGGACACGGCCCGCGUCGCCGCGCUGCUCCGCACCUGUCUGCAGGACGAGCUGCUCAGCAGCGCCACGCCAGGACCCAGGGGCGGCCGCCGCCUGGCAGCGGACGCGAUUGCGGCUGCGUACCACGCCGGGCUGUCGGCGGCCGAGCGGCGCCGCGUCCAAUGGGCCUUCAUGAGCGGCCGCCUCCGCGUGGUUGUGGCCACGGUGGCUUUUGGGAUGGGUUUGGACAAAGCGGACGUUCGUGCCGUGCUGCAUUACAACAUGCCCAGGAAUUUUGAGAGUUACGUGCAGGAAAUCGGCCGAGCCGGCAGGGAUGGAGAGCCGGCGUGGUGUCACCUCUUCCUGGACCCCGAGGGCUCCGACCGGCUCGAGCUGCGGCGCCACAUCUUCGCCGACGCCGUGGACUUUUUCACCAUCAAGAAAUUGGUGCAGGCCGCCUUUCCGCCCUGCAAAUGCCGGGAGCUGCACCGGCGCCGCUGCGCCCUCAGCGGGGGAGCGGAUGUGAGCGACCAAGAAAUGGCCGCCAUCAUGGUGGAGGAGGACGGCGGGACGGCGGAGGGGGGGGAGCAGCAGCGCCUCUGCUACAAACAUGAGAGGGCCAUCGAUGUGCAAGGCAUUGUGGGAGAGAUGGACCUGAGGGAGGAGGCCAUUGAGACCCUGCUGUGUUACCUGGAGCUGCACCCGCAGCGCUGGCUGGAGCUGCUGCCCCACACUUAUGGGGUUUGCACCGUGCGCUGCUAUGGGGGGCCCCGAGAGCUGCGAGCUGCUGCACAGAGCUGCCCCCCGCUGGCCGUGGCUUUGGCUCUCAGGCGCCUCAACUCCGCUGCCCCCCCGGAUUCCUGCAGCCUUCGCUUCGACGUCGUCGCCCUCAGCGACGCCAUGGGCUGGGAGCUGCCUUUGGUCAAAAGGGCCCUGAGGCAGCUGCACAGCGAGCGGCACCCUGGCACGGCGGCCCCGUCCCCUCGCGGCGCCGUUUCGGUUCAGUUCUCGGAGCUCUGCUUCCACCUGCGCUCCUUCGGGGAUCUGAGCCACGCCGAGCUGGACGCCGUCUGCCACUUCCUGCAGCGCCGCCUGGAGGAACGACAGCAGGGGGCGCUGCGGCAGCUCCGAGCCUGCAGGGCGGCUUUCCGCAG